AUGGUCACGGCUCACUCCAAGAUAAUCAUCGUCGGCGGGGGUGUUUUUGGCCUGAGCACCGCGCUCUGGCUGGCCCGCGGUGGUUAUAAAGACAUCACCAUUUUUGACCGAUGCCCCUUUGAUAAGAAUUUCUACGACCCGGCCAAUGGCUGCGACGGUGCUUCCUCGGACCUGAAUAAGGUCUUCCGUAUGGCCUAUGGAGACAGGCUCGUGUACCAAGACCUUGCCAUUGAGGUUCGCGAAAUGUGGCUGUCGUGGAACCGGCGUAUUGCUGGCAGCGCCCAGUCUGAGCUUCCGAGCGGACUCUGCCCGGAGGACGUGCUGCUUCACGAGUGUGGCAAUUACUUUGUCUCGGCGGGCUCCGAACUGGCGCAGUUUUACCGGGAUAGUCUUGAUACGAUGGAGAGGACCGCAUCCGAGUUUCGCAGGAUGCAAUUUAUCAGAGGCGACCCCGCAGAGGAAGAGAGACUGCGCAAAAUCAGCCCCAAGUGGGUUGAGAAAUUGCACGUGGUAGACAAAAUCAACGGUGGCGACCUCAACGGAUUCAUCGAUAUCAAGGGCGGUGUUACCAUCGCGGACAAGGCCUGCGUGUACGCCAAAUUCCUGUGCGAGCAGCUUGGCGUCAAGUUCGUCUUGGGAGACCCCGAGGGCACCUUUUCCAGCAUGAUCACAGAGACCAACGGUAAGGAAAAGAGGGUCAUUGGUAUCAGGACAGGCGACGGCCGGCGCCACUUCGCCGAUCUCGUCAUCGUUGCCGCUGGUGGCUGGACGGCCUCGAUUCUUCCCGAGGCAGCCAACGCCGUCGAAACGACCGCUGGCACAGUCGCGUUUAUCGAUAUUCCAAAGGGCCGAAAGGACCUUUGGGAAAGAUUCCAUCCGGAUAACUAUCCUGUCUGGUCCUUCCGCUACGGGGAGGGCGAAAACUACUACCAGGGGAACAGCUUCCCAAUCUCUAAGGGAGGUCGGCUGAAGUUUGGCUUCCGUGGUCGCAAGUUUACGAACUUCGAAGAUCACCCGAGCGAGUCGGGCCUUCGCGUGUCUACGCCUCGCACCAAGUACACCAAGAACCCCAUCAACACUGUACCGCUCUACGGCCUCUCUCGUAUGAAGAAGGUCAUCGCCGAGGCUUUGCCCGACCUGGCGGAGUUCGACUUCUCAGACAGCCGGUUGUGCUGGUACACUGAUUCGAUCGACAACAAUUACGUCAUUGACUACGUCCCGGGAUACUCGAACUCCCUCUUCAUCUGCACAGGAGGCUCCGGCCACGGCUUCAAGUUCUUGCCCAUUCUGGGACGACAUGUCAAGAACCAGCUGGAGCGGGUCCCCGACCAGUUCACCUCGCUCUGGAAGUGGCGAGUCGCCAAAGCCGGCCAGGAUAACAAUGGCCUUGGACAGGGCGAUGACGGUCCUCGAAAUCUGUCAAAUGUGGAGAUGGCCCUUCGUGAGUGA